CAACUGCAUUUUUCUAAGGAAGGUGAUAUUACUAUUGGGGGCAUUUUUUCUUUCCACCAAAACCCAGUUGGUGUGAAUCCUACACUCCAGGUGAACCCAGGGAAUAUCAGGUGUGCGGGGCUUGACCCUGGAGAGCUGCAGUAUGCCAUGACCAUGAUUUUUGCCAUUGAGGAAAUUAACAAUAGCACAGAAAUUCUUCCAGGGUUUUUACUGGGUUACAGGAUCUUUGGCUCUUGUCCAAGCAUCCCUCUUUCAGUCAAGGCAUCUUUGGCUCUGAUGAAUGGGGAAGUGGAGGAGAUCAAAGGCUGUGUGAAACCUCCCUCUGUGCAUGCUGUCAUAGGAGAGACUACCUCCACAGCCACUAUUGGAAUUGCAAGGACUAUGGGUCCCUUUCAUAUACCAGUGCUCAGUCAUUCAGCCACCUGCGCAUGCCUCAGCAAUAGGCGAGAAUUUCCAUCCUUCUUCAGAACUAUUCCCAGUGAUUACUACCAAAGCAGAGCCCUUGCCAAACUGGUCAAACACUUUGGCUGGACAUGGGUGGGUGCCAUCAGAAGCAGAAGUGAUUAUGGCAACAAUGGAAUGGCCACCUUUCUGGAGGCAGCUGAGAAAGAAGGGAUUUGCAUUGAGUACUCGGUGGCAAUUUAUCGAACUGACACAAGGGAGAGGUUUCUAGAAGUGUUGGACAUCAUAAAAAAAUCAACCUCUAAAGUAAUUGUUGCUUUUGCUGAUGGAAAUGACCUGGACAUUCUCAUCAAAGAGCUGUACAAACAGAACAUUACUGGUUUUCAGUGGGUUGGCAGUGAAGGAUGGAUCACAUACAGGUAUAUCACCACUGACAUGAAUUAUGUGGUGCUAGGUGGGGCAGUUGGUUUCGCUGUGCCUAAUGCCCACAUCCCUGGACUAAGGGAGUUCAUUAUGAAGAGCCACCCUUCCACAAAGCCAGGGAACACAGGACUGGUGGAACUAUGGGAAAGCCUGUUUAACUGUACAUUGAUUCCACAGCCAAACAGUUCAAGCACAAAACUCUGCAAUGGAGAAGAGUCACUGGAAACUACUGACACACGGUUUAUGGAUGUCACAGAUGCCAGUCUGCUCAACAAUGUAUACAAAGCUGUGUACGCUGUGGCUCAUGCUCUAGACCAGUUGUUAAGCUGUGAAGAGGGGAAGGGACCUUUUGGCAACAAGACAUGUGCAUACAAAGAAAAAAUACACCCAUGGCAGGUGCUGUAUUACAUGACCAAGGUGAACUUCACAACUAAACAUGGAGAAAACGUUCAUUUUGAUUCUCUGGGUGACCCAGCUGCACGCUAUGCUCUGGUGAAUUGGCAAAUGAAUGGCAGUGGAACUAUAAUCUUUGAGACUAUUGGUCUAUAUGAUGCAUCUUUGCCUGAAGGGCAACAGUUCAAAAUGAAGGAGGAUAUGAAAGCAGUGUGGGCAGGAAAUCUGGAUAAGGUACCACGCUCUGUCUGCAGUGAGAGCUGCAAGCCUGGAACCCGCAGGGCAUUUGUCAAAGGAACACCUAUCUGCUGCUUUGAAUGCGUUCCUUGCGCAGAUGGAGAGUUCAGUAACACCACAAAUGCUGUGACAUGUGUAACAUGCCCUCCAGAGUACAAGUCAAAUGUGGACAGAACUUGGUGUAAUUUAAAAAAAAUUGAAUUCCUCUCUUUUAAAGAAUUGAUGGGUAUAUUACUAGUAACAUUCUCAUUGUUGGGAGGAUGCCUCACAAUAACAAUAGGGUUGGUAUUUUUCCACCAUAGACAGACCCCUAUAGUGAAAGCGAACAACUCAGAGCUGAGUUUCCUCCUGCUCUUCUCUCUAACACUGUGUUUUCUUUGUUCACUUACAUUCAUCGGUCGACCCUCUGAGUGGUCCUGCAUGUUACGCCACACAGCUUUUGGCAUCACCUUCGUCCUCUGUAUCUCCUGUGUUCUGGGGAAAACAAUAGUAGUGUUAAUGGCCUUCAGGGCUACACUUCCAGGCAGUAAUGUCAUGAAAUGGUUUGGGCCCCCACAGCAGAGACUCAGUGUCCUUGCCUUCACACUCAUACAGGUCCUUAUUUGUGUGCUUUGGUUAACAAUAUCACCUCCAUUCCCAUAUAAGAAUAUGAAGCACUACAAAGAGAAGGUCAUUCUAGAAUGUGAUGUGGGUUCAGCUGUAGGUUUCUGGGCUGUGUUGGGUUAUAUAGGACUCCUGGCUGUCCUGUGUUUUGUGUUGGCUUUUCUGGCCCGCAAGCUGCCUGAUAAUUUCAAUGAAGCCAAAUUCAUCACAUUCAGCAUGCUAAUUUUCUGUGCAGUGUGGAUCACCUUUAUCCCAGCUUAUGUCAGCUCUCCUGGAAAGUUCACUGUAGCUGUGGAGAUAUUUGCUAUUUUAGCCUCCAGCUAUGGAAUGCUGUGCUGUAUAUUCAUCCCCAAAUGUUACAUUAUUUUACUAAAAUCUGAAAAAAACACCAAAAAACAUUUAAUGGGUAAAGUGACCUCUAAUUAA